CUAUUAUAUUGUGAAUCUUUAACCAUGUAAUAAAAAAAUAAUGAUGACUAGUUAUUGACAACUACUCCUAAUAUCCUUCAUUAUCUUAACAUCUCAACCCACACCACGCCAAAUCCUUGAUUAAUAACUCUUAUAAUCAAUCUCAACUCACAAAGGGAGUGGCAUGAUAUGCCUUACCUUAACCACUUUCAUCGCACCCUCUUUCUAUUAUUACUCAUCACCCUUUCAUACACAACAACAGCCCAACCAUCACCAACUUCCGACAACUACGACUCUCCUUUACCCACCAACGCCAUCAUCAUCAUCAUCAUCGUCGUCGUCUCCUUCGGUGUCCUCACUUGCUGCGCCCGCCCAUUCAUCUCUUGCUUCAGCGCCUACAUCUACGGUGGUAGCACCCAAGAAGGCGGCGAAGGCGACGAUGGUGGAGUACGACAGAGGGAAAAUCCACGUGGACUUGACCCUUCUAUAACCGCCGCUUUUCCUACUUUUUUAUUUUCCGAUGUCAAAGUCCACUUGAUUAGUAAAACGACGCCGUUAGAGUGCGCAAUAUGUUUAAACGAGUUUGUUGACAAUGAACAUUUGAGGUUGUUACCUAGAUGUAGCCACGUGUUUCAUCCUCAUUGCAUUUCUCCUUGGCUUGCAUCCAACGUUACGUGUCCUGUUUGUAGGGCAAAUUUGGAAAUUCAAGUUGACCGUCCGAAUUCUCCUACGUCGUUAGCGCAAGUACUCCUACAACCGUACGAGGAUGAAUUGGACACGUCAUCGGAUCGAGUUUCGCAACUGCCUCGUGGUGACGAUCAAGGGGACGACGUGAUCGUUCAUAUAGGAUCAUCUCCGGAAGUUAUAAUAAAAAGUCCUACGAUAAACACAAAUAAUGGAGUGGGUGAACGUAGGGGUUUUUUUCCUAGGUCACAUUCGACGGGUCGUUCAUUGGUUGAAGAUCGUGAGAAGUACACGUUAAGGUUACCUGACGAGGUACGCAACAAGUUAAGGAAUUUAAAUAAUUUAAGUAGUCUACCCCCUGCAAUGGUUAGUCCACGGACCGGAUACCGGUCUAGGAGGAGUAAUAGUUGUGCUACCAUAAUAGCGGGUAAUAAACCGGACCAGUGGCGGUUUACUAUGAGUCCGCCUUUUAUUUCCCGGUCAGGAUCUACCGGAUUGGCAGAAGGCAGUAGCAAUAACAAUUAUAAUAAUAAUAAUAAUAAUUUAGGGGCGAUUAUGAAAAGUCCACGGAGUUUUUUUAAGUCAAUGAAAUCGCCAAAGAAAUCACCAUUGAACCGUAAUGUUCGAUGUGAUGACAUAGGUGAACGGUCAUCGGAUAGAUUAUGGUGUAAUCCUACGUCUCAAGAAGUAGAAUUAGAGCAUCAUUAGUGGUUUAAUUUGGUCAAUGAAAUUUGAGUAUUAUUAUUGUAAUUUUUGGAUUGUGACUGGUUGGGCGGUUGAAGUUUUGUUUAUGACCCUUUUUUUUUUUAAUGUAUAUUAGUUGUUUAAUUGUUUUGUAA